GGAGAGCGUUCACAAAAACAAGAUUAAGUGACUGAUUGCUUGAUGCUAUUUUGAACUUUAGUCUAGAUCGCAUCUGUUGUUUAAGGGCGACCUGAUUGGUAUAGACCAAUAGCAGACGAGAGAAGUAUUUUUUAACAGAGACCAUUGCUGUUUGUAUUGCAGUGUUUACUCUUGUACUUUUUAAAAAAAGAUCAAUCAUCACUAGAAGAUUCACUUCAAUCUUGUAGCUCGAAAUCAUGGACGAAGAAUACGACGUCAUUGUUUGCGGCACAGGCCUGAAGGAAUGCAUCCUGAGUGGGCUUUUGUCUGUGUCUGGAAAGAAGGUCCUUCAUCUCGAUAGAAACAACUACUAUGGCGGAGACUGUGCCUCGCUCAAUAUCACGAACCUAUGGGCAAAGUUCAAACCCGGAGAAACAGCGCCAAAGGAACUUGGUAGGCAACGAUGAUAUUAGAUGGGCAAGUAGCGAUCAUUAUGUUGAUGUUAUUUUAUUGACGAGGGACAGCAUUAUCAUAACGAUGAUUUUGUACAAUCAUUUGAGACGCACCAAUGAGGAUGAUCAUAACGUGAUUCUCAAUGGUUGGAUGGCAUGCAUUCGUAGAUGAAAGACACUAUCUGAAACUGACAUCCCAGACAGUUUUGAGCUUGUUCGUUGUGAGAUAGGUAAGUACUUCUACUUACGUUGCGAAAUAAACACCCUAUCCCCUGCUUAGGCCCGAACCGAGACUGGAAUGUCGACUUGGUGCCGAAAUUCGUUAUGGCGAACGGCCUGCUUGUGAAGAUGCUCCUGCACACAGGUGUCACAAGAUACCUCGAGUGGAAAAGCGUAGAUGGUACCUCUAUAGUCUACGAUUUAUUCUUUUUCAAUCCUGAUCAUGUAAGAUUUUUCUUUUUCAAUUCUGAUAAUGUAUUCUAUCAACCUGGUUGAUAAGUGAACAGUUGGCUUAAUGGUUUAGGCGUUGGCCUGUUCCCUACUUAUCACUGGCACUUCAUGAAAAACCAACAUGAAUUUAUUUCCACUAACUUCGGCUAACUACUAGCACUUUUUCACUCAUCUACUUCGUAACAUGCAAUUAUUCUCUGACCACCAGGCAGCUACGUGUAUCAGUACCAGGAAGGUGGCUUCUUUAGUUCCGAGAAAUUCAUUCACAAAGUGCCGGCAAACGACAAGGAAGCACUGAGCUCGAACUUGAUGUCACUACUGGAGAAGAAUCGAUUCAAAAACUUCUUCCAGUUCAUUAUGGGUAUUAACAUUCAAGAAGGAUACAGGUCAAACUGUGGACGGCGAGCCAACUCCUCUCCUAUCCUAAAUCUUGGUCAGAUUGCCGAAUGGAUUCACGUCAUCAAUAUUUGAGGUUGAGUUUUGUAGUUUCCAAGUAGAUUUAUGAAUAGUGUCUCGCACUUUGCGGAGGACGAGUAGACGAGACAUGAAAAAGUAUUGAGGUCUUACUACGUAAGUAUGUUGAACUUGAUGAAUGCUACUCUGGUUUUGCUGCAAGAACGAUUUCGUCUGACAAUGAACCACAAUCCGAACCUCUCCACCACCUUCAGCCUGGGACGACAAUGAUCCGAAGACGUGGCAGGGUUGUGACGGCACCCGACACUCAAUGGCACAAGUCUACGAGAAGUUUGGGCUGCAACCGCUCACUAUAGAUUUCCUGGGGCAUGCUGUAUCUCUCUAUGUCGACGACAAUUAUCUCCGGUGUGCUUGCGGCCCAACGAUAAGGAAAAUGAAACUGUAUAUAUAUUGCAGGCUCUGCAGUUGUAGCCUCUUAUGUCCGCCUAUAGGUGGAUUCUCCCCAACCUAACCUCAGUUUUGUACUGCACCUUGUUAAAAAGAAGUGGUGGUGAAAUGAUAGCAAGCACCUUAAAGAAGAACAAGAAGAUACAGCAUAAGUUGAUGUCCGAUAAUACCUCAAAUGUUUAGGUACAUGGAGAGUAUCGCGAGGUAUGGAAAUUCGCCAUUUAUCUAUCCCAUAUACGGUCUUGGCGGACUGCCAGAGGGGUUCUCGCGCUUGUCCGCGAUACACGGUGGCACCUACAUGCUAAACAAACCAGUGGACGGCUUUGAAUAUGACGAGAACGGUAUCUUUGUGUGGGAUUGUCCCAUACCAACCUCGCCUAAACAAUAAUUUUUACUCCAAAAUAGAUACUUCCAUGAGUGCUUCAAAAAAACAUCUGAAGUACCUAUCAUUUAGUAGAGACUUGAUGUAGUCAACCUCGCCUGAAAAGCUUCUACUCCGAAUCAUCGAGUAGAAUCUCCCGAUCUCCCACCCAACCAGGUAAAGUAUGCGGUGUUCGAAGUGGGAACGAAGUAGCAAAAACCAAAUUGGUUAUAUGUGAUCCGUCCUAUGUGCCAGAAAAAAAGAGGAGACCAACAGGCCAAGUGAUUCGGGCAAUAUGCAUCUUGGGUGCGCCAAUACCGAACACCGGAGACGUCAGUUCGGUACGGAUAUGUUUUUUUUUGGAAUUUUUAGGAUUAGGUAUUCCUUAGUGUUUCUUUAUUGUUACCUUAAGUCGAGCUUGCUAUUAUUUGGAAAUAGGAUUUAUUAUACCAACAUUUAUGAUUUAUGUUUCAAAACUGAACAACAACAAAGAAGAAGAUGCUCACCGAACAUCACUUCGUUACAGGUCCAGAUAAUUUUGACUGCGUCCCAAAUGAAGAGAAAAACGGACAUUUAUGUCAUGAUGGUAUCAAAUGCGCAUAUGGUAGCAGCGAAAGGGAAAUACAUCGCAAUAGUGAGCACAACAGUGGAAACAAACCGGCCACAGGAAGAAAUUAAGCCGGCACUGAAAUUGUUGGGUCCGAUCGAGCAUAUUAUGUGCACGGUAUUAUUGAUAGGAUUUUAUACAACGGUUUUCAUGCAAGAGCAGAUGGAUUUCAAGAAGUACAGUUUCAAGAAGUAGAGUUCCCAUCAUCUCAUAUUCGAGUUUUGUUCACACUAACGUCUUUGCAACGCUUCAUUUUCUCCGCAUUGAAAACCCCUUUUUUUCCUACACUUCACAUUAGUCACCACACGCUCUCCCUAACCCUCCCCAACCCUCCCUAAUCAACCCACAGUCAAAAGUUUCCCUGAUCCUCCCUAAUCAACCCACAGUCAAAAGUUUCCCUGAUCCUCCCCAACCCGUCCCUAACCCGUUUCUCUACACCAUGAAAGGUUUCCACGCUCUAUGCCCCUUCCGACAAUGGAGAGGACAACGUGUAUGUCACGAGCAGCUACGACGCAACGAGUCACUUCGAGAGUGCGAGUGUAGAUGUAAUGGCAAUGUGGAAAAAGAUUUUUGGGGAAGAGCUGGAGCUCACGGUCCAUAAGGAUGCGGAAGCGGAGUGAACAGACGAACAUCUUCUAGAGUAGAAGUUCUAGUAAAUCACUUAAUACUAGCACUAUUGCGUUUAGUAGUGCCUGUAGUAAUGCCCGGCGGAUGCUUACACCGGAUUGAUAUUACAUGGUUCGAGAAGAUAAUUGUUCCUGCUCUAGAUCAACCUCGAUGCCUGUUCAUGUAUUGCGGUUGCAAUGAUCUUCAAAGGUGGAGCAAAGUGAUGGCCUCAUCCGUGAGUCGUUACAACAUCAUUCACAGACGCGGUCUGUCCAGGCGAGGACGGAUGGUGAUAUUAUGCCUCCACAGGAUGUCUCCGUUAACAUCUCGAAGAUACAAUUCUGAGAAGAUACAUCUUCAAGAUACAUUUAUAGAAUUCUGAUCAAACACAUGGUCUUACGAUCGUGACCCCAAUAGGUAAAUUUAAUCUAAGAAAACAAAAGUAGUAGAAAUGAUAGGUAGGAAUGAGUCAACAUCUACUGUUGUAGCGACGCGAAGUGGACGAAGUAAGUAAGAGAAAACUGCUCAUCCGCCGAUGACCGACCGCACAUUACAGCUGUGCUGCUAUGAGGUCCCUCUCCACUCAGGCAAACGCAGCACCUUCCCCACCUUUUUUCCAUGAACACAUGAAGAUGAUGUCCAAGAUGGUGAUCAUGUGUGCAUACGCUGCUCUUGGAGCCCCGCACGCCGACACCCUUUUCCCAUCGCACCCCAAAGCUACAAAGAUCGCACCCCGCAGCAAAGACUUUUGCUGUCUUCGUUCGAUUGUUGAUGAUGUAGAGGAAAUUUUUUUAGUCAUCAGCAUUGGCAUCCAUACUGGGAUGAAGUGAAAGCCACUGGUUUUGAGUGGCGGCAUCAGG